CGCCGAAGAAGAAUAAGAAUAAACGGUGCCGCUGGAGUUGUGUAUCCCCCCACAGUGAUUGUAAAGCAGAUUCAACAACAACAACAACAAAAAUGUCUGGCAGUGCAGGGGAAUGGUGUCUAAUGGAGAGUGAUCCCGGAGUAUUUACUGAAUUGAUCAAAGGGUUUGGUUGCAAAGGAGCCCAGGUUGAAGAAAUUUGGAGUAUGGAGCCGGAAAACUUCGACAAUUUAAAACCAGUUCACGGAUUGAUUUUCCUCUUCAAGUGGCAACCAGGCGAAGAACCAGCAGGAUCAAUUGUCCAGGAUUCAAGACUUGAAAAUAUCUUCUUUGCCAAACAGGUUAUAAACAAUGCGUGUGCCACCCAGGCAAUAGUCAGCGUACUGCUCAACUGUUCCCAUUCUGACAUGUUGCUGGGAGACACAUUGACAGAGUUCAGAGAAUUUUCACACAGUUUUGAUGCUGCUAUGAAAGGGUUGGCUCUCAGCAACUCUGAGGUUAUCAGACAAGUUCACAACAGCUUUGCCAGACAGCAAAUGUUUGAAUUUGAUGCAAAAUCUUCAGCAAAGGAUGAGGACGCAUUUCACUUUGUGAGCUAUGUCCCUGUAAACGGUAGACUAUAUGAGCUGGAUGGACUACGAGAGGGACCAAUCGACCUGGGUGCUUGCAACCAGGAUGACUGGAUCAAUGCAGUUCGUCCAGUGAUCGAAAAAAGAAUACAGAAGUACAGUGAAGGGGAAAUCCGAUUCAACCUGAUGGCCAUCGUGUCAGACAGAAAGAUGAUUUAUGAGAGGAAAAUUGCAGAGCUCCAGGCCCAGCUUACUGAGGAAGAACCGAUGGACACAGAUCAGAGCAGCACCUUUCUCAGCUCCAUUCAGUCAGAGAUAGCCAAGCAUCAGCUCCUCAUUGAAGAGGAAAACCAGAAACUCAAAAGAUAUAAGAUUGAAAAUAUUCGACGAAAGCACAACUACCUACCAUUCAUCAUGGAGCUCCUGAAGACACUGGCAGAGUACCAGCAGUUAAUACCUCUGGUGGAGAAGGCAAAAGAAAAACAGAGUGCCAAAAAAGCUCAAGAGGCGAAGUGACAACUCCAUCUUCCGGCAGAGAAGCCCUUAAUUACACACAUCUACAUUACAAACACACACUUUUUCAUUAGUCAUGCACACACGUACACCAACCCAAUUAUACAGACUCGCACACAAACAUGGGCUCGCACACUUUCACAUCACCAGCCCCACAUGCUUAUCUACACACAAAUGCCCACACAGACAAAUCCAUCUGUUGUCGUGUUCAUAAUAAUGGCCGCGGAUCAUCUGUCGCUCGCUGUGGUGCACAGUGAACCACCCAGAUAUCAGAGUCGCUGGUGGGGCAGAGGCGUUGAACUGUCUGUAAGAUACUGCGCUCGUGUAUGUCCAUCAGCUGUGAUGCAUGAUAGAAGGAAAUAUGUGCUCGAAUUACGUUCUGUCUUAUUUUCAUAAUAAAAUGUCAUGAUGUUUGAGCAAGGUCGGAUUUUACUUUCUACGAAACGUCCAGCUGUAUUUCUACAGACCAUUUAGAUAACCCUUUCCUAGCCAGUUGUCAGUCAAUUUGUCCACAUGCCCCUGAGCACACAGAUUUACCUGCAAGUUCCGAAUUAAUAACGGUUACCAGGCAAAGGCUGUGCGAUUUCAAAUGCAGCGAGUCCGUUGACUCUGCGAUGUUUGAGGGGGAUAUGCGAUGACAUGGAGCCAUUACUAGCUGCUUUAGUUUCUUGACAAUGGUUGAUCAGUUGAUGGCACUUUUUAGGAUCCCCCCCCCCCCUCACACUGACCAGUAUACAUUUUUCAUUUAAAUGAGCCAAUUCUUAAUUGAGAUCGUUGCAGGUUAUUACCGCCACCUGCUGGUGUAUUAGUAGAAAGACAGAGUUGCCUGAGGUGGACCUAGGCAGGAUGAUGAAAUACCUUUUUUUGAGUCAUUUGUCAUCUUUUGAAUCAUUCUCUCUUGCCUCACAAAUGAAAUGAAUAAACAAAACGU